AUGCAGAACUGCUGGGCACUGAUGCUGGUGUUGGGGGUGGUUGCGGCAACCCCCACCAAGCACCCCCGUCUCAGCUACAAGCAGGUUUUGGCUUCUGCCAUUGACAAGUACAACCAGGAGCUGGGUUCAGAGAACGCCUUUCGGCUGCUUGAAGCUGAGCCCCGGCCAGACUGGGAUCCUUCCGCCCAAACCAUCCAGCCCCUGAAAUUCUCCAUCAAAGAGACCGUUUGCCGAGCAGACAAGAACCCGGACGUGACCCAGUGUGCGGAAAAAGAGGAUGGGGUUGACCGGAACUGCUUUGGGUUCUAUUCUGCUAAGGAGAAUGAGCCGGUGAUCAUGGUCAGGUGUGAAGAUGUGGAUCAGGAGCUGGGCCGCAUCCCCAGGGGCGGCAGAAGAGGCCGGGGGGGCGGCAGAAGAGGCCGGGGGGGGCGGCAGAAGAGGCCGGCCGGGCGGCAGAAGAGGCCAGCGGCGCAGAUGGUGUAG